AAGCCAUAAACAAGAAACCUGCUACUCCCUCCUUUCUGAUUAGCCUUCCUUUGACAGAUUCCAGUAAUUUUACUUUGACGAGUCUCUUUCUCUUCCAUCUCUUCUCAUUCUUUGUUGGAAAGAAAUCAAGAUCAUGUCUGGAAAUAGUUCUCAUGAGACUUCAUGGGCUGAUCAAUGGGACUACAACCCAGAUCCUGCCGUGUAUGAUCAUAGCAAGGACAGCAGCAGCGAUUCGACAGCCAAAUACAAGCAGAAGGUUGGAGAAGGACUUGGAAAGACGAAACAGGUUGCUUCAACUGGGAUCAAGAAGGUGAAAGAAGGAACCUCUGUUGGCUUCAGAUGGAUUAAAGACAAGUAUCAGAAGACUACCCAGAAACAUUAGUGAUCCUCUGAUCACAUGCAUGCACCUCUUAUUUUUUACAUAGGCUCUCUGUGCUCUGUACUGUCUGUUGUUUUGACUGCUACUGAUCAGUACUGCCUUGUUUUCAUUAAUCAUGCUUCUUCUUUUCCGUUUUUUCCUGCUCUUUCCAUUCUUUUGUUCAUAUAUAUAAAACACCACAGGCAUCCAUCCAUAUUUUUUUAUGUGAAAUAUCAUGUUUUAUACA